AUGAAAUUGCAAUUAGGCAAACGAGUUGUUCCCGAAAAUGUACAAGUUUUGUUCCUGCCACCAAAUACCACACCCCUAAUCCAAACACUGGACCAAGGAAUUAUCGCAACAUUCAAAACAUAUUAUAUCAAACGAACAUUCCAGUACAUUUUGGGCACUUUGGAUAGGGAUAAAACUCUAACAGUAAUUGAUGCCUGGAAAAAGUUUUCUAUCAAAGAUUGCGUUACACAUGCUGCUUUAGCAUUGUCAGAUUUACGACCAUCAACCUUAAACGGAUGUUGGAGAGCAAUUUGGCCAGAUUGUGUAAAAAGUAAAAAUCCUGUGGAGAAAAAUACAAACGAAUAUCUCAAUAUAAUUGCUUUAGCACACGCAGUUGUUCUUAGCGAAGACGAAAUAUUACAUUUUGCCUCACAGAAUGCUGAUGUUAUAGAAAGCAGUGAUAGUGAAGAACCUGAAAAAUUAACUGAAAAUUUAAUUCAAGAAGGGCUUCAACUUGCAAAAAAAUUAGGACACCAUUUCGUCAAAUAUGAUCCCAAUGUCGAAAGAGCUGCACAAUUCCAACGCGAGCUGAAUUCUUGUAUGGCUUGUUACAAGGAAUUAUACAAAGAGGUAGCAAGAAUUGGCGAACAACGGCUCAUAACAGAGUUAAGUCCAGUUCAAAAUUAG